AUGUAUGGACGCUAUACACAGGAGUUGGGGGCCUAUGCCAAAGAAGAGGCAGCUCGUCUGCGUGAGGAUGGAGCGCUGCGGAGGACCGCCAGUGUGCGCGGCCAGGCUCCAGAACUGCUGGAGUAUGAGAAGGACCCGUGUGCCAAGUGUCAAGUCUGUACGUCACGGUGUAAGAAGUUCUUGAUUUCCCGUGUGGGUGAAGACUGGAUCUUUCUCAUCCUCCUGGGGCUUCUCAUGGCAUUGGUCAGCUGGGCCAUGGACUACACUAUUGCCUUCUGCCAGCAAGCACAGAAGUGGAUGUAUGGUGGUCUGCACAGUAACAUGUUGCUGCAGUACCUGGCCUGGGUCACUUACCCAGUGGUUCUCAUCACCUUCUCCGCCGGCUUCACACAGAUACUGGCGCCACAGGCAGUGGGCUCUGGGAUCCCAGAGAUGAAGACCAUUCUCCGAGGUGUGGUGCUGAAAGAGUACCUCACUUUCAAAACCUUCGUCGCCAAAGUGAUUGGCUUAACUUGUGCCCUUGGAAGUGGCAUGCCUCUAGGCAAAGAGGGACCAUUUGUUCAUGUUGCCAGUCUGUGUGCUGCUCUGUUGAGCAAAUUCAUGGCCUUGUUUGGAGGAAUCUACAUGAACGAGCUGAGAAACACAGAGAUGCUGUCAGCCGCCUGUGCAGUGGGGGUGGGCUGUUGCUUUGCAGCCCCUAUUGGAGGAGUGCUGUUUAGUAUUGAGGUCACAUCUACGUUCUUUGCUGUGAGGAACUACUGGAGAGGAUUCUUCGCUGCAACCUUCAGUGCCUUUAUCUUCAGGGUGCUGGCGGUGUGGAAUAAGGAUGAGGAGACAAUCACGGCUCUCUUUAAAACGCGUUUUCGUCUGGACUUUCCCUUUGACCUACAAGAGCUUCCAGCUUUUGCUGUGCUCGGGAUUGCCAGUGGUUUUGGAGGGGCGUUGUAUGUCUACCUGAACAGGAUCAUAGUGGAGUCUAUGAGAAAACAGAAAACCAUCAACAAGUUUUUGCUAAAAAAAAGACUAGUGUAUCCAGCAGUGGUCACUCUUCUUGUCUCUACACUCACCUUUCCUCCAGGGUUUGGACAGUUUAUGGCAGGCCAGCUGACUCAACAUGAGUCACUAGUGGCACUGUUUGACAACCAAACCUGGUACAAGCAAGGUGUUUCUGAGGAGUUUGUGUACUCAAGUCACGUACCUCAGGCCUGGAAGCACCCACAAGUCAGUGUGUUCAUCACACUCCUCCUCUUCAUUGUCAUGAAGUUCUGGAUGUCAGCUGUGGCCACAACAAUGCCUGUGCCUUGCGGGGCCUUCAUGCCGGUUUUCCUCAUUGGAGCUGCGUUCGGUCGACUGGUCGGCGAGAGCAUGGCCGCUGUCUUCCCCGAAGGGAUACACGCCGACAGCACUGUAUAUCCCAUAGUUCCCGGCGGAUACGCAGUUGUAGGGGCGGCGGCUCUUUCUGGUGCAGUCACUCACACCGUAUCCACCGCCGUCAUUGUGUUCGAGCUGACCGGACAAAUCUCGCACAUCCUGCCCGUGAUGAUCGCUGUGAUUUUGGCCAAUGCCGUGGCUCAGAGUCUGCAGCCUUCCCUCUAUGAUUCCAUCAUCCGGAUCCAGAAACUUCCCUACCUGCCAGAGCUGGGCUGGGGACAGGAGAAAUAUAAUAUCCGUGUGGAGGACAUAAUGGUGAGAGACGUGCGGUAUAUCACUCUCUCCUCCUCUUACCGGGAUCUGCAGGAAGCUCUCAUAACAGGCCAGCUUAAAACCCUGGCCUUGGUGGAGUCCAAAGAGUCCAUGAUCCUGCUGGGCUCUAUGGAGCGCUCCCAGCUGCAGUCCCUGCUCUCGCAGCAGCUCAGCCAAGCUCGCAGGCUGGAGUACUUGAGGGAACGUGCUCAGGACAAUGGCACCCAUGUGCCCACCUUCCCCCAAGACUCUCCCCCCAGGACUGGUCAUGGCGUACGUUUCCUGAUCUCCACUGAAGAGUCCUCCUACAGCCCCACACUGACUAACUCCCAGAUCCCCCUCAAGUCUGCUCUGAAGACGGUGUCUGCAAUCAGCAACACAGAGUCACUGAAUAGCUCUCCAAACCUCUCCUCUGGGGAACCUGUGAAGGAGCUAGUAGAGGAUACACCUGAUGUUGAAGAUGACAUGUCAACAGCAGAGAUAGCAGAGUGGGAGGAGCAACAGCUGGAUGAGGCUGUUAAUUUCAACAACUGUAAAAUAGACCCCGCCCCCUUUCAGCUGGUGGAACGGACAUCUUUGCAUAAGACACACACCAUUUUCUCACUACUUGGCCUGGAUCAUACCUAUGUCACCAGCACCGGACGUCUAGUAGGAGUGGUCUCUCUAAAAGAGCUGCGUAAGGCCAUCGAGGGCUCUGUAACCGUGACUGGCGUGAAAGUCCGUCCCCCGCUGGCCAGCUUCCGCAACAGCGGCAACAGCAGCAGCGUCUCAGAGGUCACCGAGCUCCACAAGCUCUGGAGUCGUCACAGGAGCCUGCCGCUACCACGGGAACCUAACCUCCCCAACCUGGACGACCAAACGGAGCAGCCGUCCGAGGGAAGCCUGGUGAACGAGACCGAGUGCACAGAGCUGUCCAGUCAGAACAGCCCAUUACACACAGACGACCAAUCAGAGCCGACGCCCCAAGAGGAGCACCUCGCACAGCUCCCCUGUGACUGUAGCCACCCUCUGGAGGACGGAGGCUUGGAGGCCGUCGGCGAGCAGAGCCCAGCUCCGAUGGAGGAAGCGGUGAGCGAGGAAAGCCCCUCGCCCUCAAAGGCUCAGCCGAAAUGACAGCUGCUUGCGGUCGGUAACGCACACUCCAUUUACACCAUAAACGGUAUUGUGAAGUCAGGUUAAGGAAAACCUGGAGGAAGUCUUUAAGCAGUGAAGCACACUCUCUGCUCCGUACUAAUCAAACCAACCCUAAUCUCUGGUCCUGCCUUCACACGAAACACGCCGUGUGUGUUUGUAUGUGUGGGAUGUCAUAGAUACGCGCUGCAGUGUGAGUGCCGUGUGGAUGGGCUUGUGAGCGAACGUCUGUGUAUUCCUCAUAAAUUUGGGUGUCUGUUGAUUUGUGGCUUCAUAGCGCGUUUCGGUGUUGAGAUAUGUUGAUGAGAUUCAUUUAAAGAAGUUUCUGUUUGAUGAUGUCACGGCGGGUUUUCGUCAUAAACGUGUUUGUUUGUUGAUUUGUGGCACACUUGUGUGUGUGUUUCUUCGUGUUUGUACGUAAGAAAAGCCGAGUGUGUGUGUGAGAGUGACUCAGCUGCACCUUGCCAACGCACCCAUCUGGUGCCGACACUUUAAAUCCAAAUAAAAUUGUCUCUGAGAGCCAAACUGCAAUUUUGCUCUAAAUAUAGCCCUUAAUAACCCACACUGCAAGGAAACACGGAGGAAGAGAGCGGGGGAAAGAAAGGGAACGGGUGGGCAAAAGAGGACACGGAGAGAACAAGAACAUGAUGCAAAAUGAGCGAAAGACAGGAAGGACACAGGAACCAGUGUCGUGGAAAGGCAGGAGAAUAAAUGGGAGAGUGGGGUAAACUGUGCCGCUUUUUAUUUAGAUUGUCAACCAGGCAAGAAGAAAUAAGUCAUCAGGGAAAUGAAUAUGCCUGAUUAUAUUUCUGAACAGAUAAAGGCACAGAAAUAUGACUUUUUAGGAAAAAUGGCUGAGUGACACAACUUACCCCACAUUAGGGGUUAGAUGUGCCAUGGAUGUUGAGUCAUUGGGGAAUAUUUGAACUAUUUCAGGUAAAAUAUGAACA